CCCACGACCUCCUGUUCUGGCGGGAUGUGAGGAAGACCGGGGUGGUCUUCGGCCUCAGCCUCCUCCUCCUCCUCUCCCUGGCCGCCCUCAGCGUCAUCAGCGUGGUCGCCCACUUCGCCCUGGCCCUGCUCUCCGUCACCAUCAGCCUCCGCGUCUACAAAGCCGUCGUCCAGGCCGUCCAGAAGUCAGAAGAGGGGCACCCCUUUCGGUGA